AUGACCUCAACAAAAGCUUUAAAAAUUGCAAUCAUUCACCCGGAUCUUGGAAUAGGUGGGGCUGAACGUUUAGUGGUAGACGCCGCUUCUGGUUUGACAGCCAAAGGACACAAAGUUGUUAUUUAUACAUCCCACCACGACGAAGAACAUUGUUUCGAAGAGACAAAAGAUGGUACACUUGAAGUUAGAGUACGUGGUAAUACUAUAAUUCCCCGUACUUUCUCUGGAUCAUUUUACGUCGUUUGUGCCAUUCUAAGACAAUUACAUUUGACUUUAUCGAUGAUUUUUAGUGAUAAAGAUAAAUUCGAUGUAAUAUUUAUGGAUCAAUUAUCUGCAAAUAUUCCUUUGCUGAAAUUGGCUGGAGCAAAGGUUUUAUUUUAUUGUCAUUUUCCAGAUAAAUUAUUGACGCAACGAAAAACGACCGCUAAAAGCCUGUACAGAAUUCCAAUCGAUAUUAUAGAAGAAUUGACUACUGGUAUGGCGAAUUGUUUAGUUGUAAAUAGUAAAUUUACUUCAAAUAUAUUUUGCGAAUCUUUUACUACCAUAAAAAAAAUGCCACAAAUUCUUUAUCCCGGAAUUCGUUUCGAAGCGUAUGAUAGAAAAGUCAAUACCGAUGACGAAUCAGUAAAAAUUUUGGAAACGUCAAAAAAGGUUAUUUUAUCAAUUAACCGCUUCGAAAGAAAAAAGAAUAUUGUACUUGCUAUACGUGCCUUUGCAAGGUUACAAGAAAAGUGUUUGAUUUCAUCAGAAAAAUUCCGAAAUAUGCGAUUAAUCAUUGCUGGUGGAUAUGAUUAUCGCAUUCAAGAAAACGUGGCACAUCAUUUAGAGUUGAGCGAGGUGGCAUUACAGUUGGGUUUAGAAGUCUAUAAUAUUAUGCCAGAUUCAAUCAGUGCACCACCCGAAUCAGCCCAAGUAGUCUUUUUGUGUUCUUUUAAUGACACACAAAGAACAUAUUUAUUAUCAAAAGCUCUGUGUCUUUUAUAUACACCAUCAAAUGAACAUUUCGGAAUUGUACCAAUUGAGGCGAUGUAUACUAGAUUACCAGUGAUUGCAUGUGAUAGUGGAGGUCCAAAGGAAACUAUUAUUAAUGGUGAAACUGGAGUUCUCUGUUUCCCUAAUCCAGCAGCUUUUGCAGAGGCAAUUGCUUCAUUUGUCAAUGGUGAUUAUGAUCGUGAAGCUAUGGGUAAUAAAGGAAGAUCACAUGUGCAAAAAUCUUUUUCUUUAGAUACAUUUAUUAAUUCACUUGAAGAUCUCUUAAUUAAAUUGGCUUCAGAUAAUUCAAAAAAUACACAAUUUCCACAAUUUCCUAUACAAUUUCCUUUGAUUUUGUUUUCCACAUUAAUUACAUUAUCGCUUAUUUUAUAUGGAUUAAUUUAUUAG